CAAAAGGCUAUCCAAAUAGAUUUUCGAAAUUAUAAACCCGACACUUACAUUGUACUCCCUUCGAUCCACAUUAAUUGUCUCAAUUUUUUUUCUAAAUAUGGAUGUCUCUGUGCCUAAAAAACGUUUAAAUACAUGUAAUAUUUUGACAAUUAAUAUGGAUCGGAGGGAGCAAAUCUGAUACACUUGUUAUGAAUCGGAGGGAGUAGCAAACACAUAGGACUUCUAAAUUAAAAACUGAAAAUGCUUCCAUUUUCUCUGCCAAAUGGAAACAAAGCCAGGGGCAAGCCAGAACGUAAAGUUAUGACAAAUUGGAGUCCUCGUUCACUCGUACUCCUCAACUAGAGGAGGAGCACUUGCAUUCAAAUACCCGUGGUAGAAACCAAGCAUCGUCCCAAGCAUCAACGAUCCUCCAGGGCAGCCUCCUUGGACCGAGUUCCAUUUCAGAAGGACAAGCAAGAAAAACAAGUACCAAGAUCGAUGGGCAUGGUCGACGCCAGCUCCGAGGUCGCCGUCGUGGCGCAGGCUAGUCCGGCCGCCGUGCGCGUCCUCGCCGUGUCCCGCGUCGCGCCGUCGCGAGCCCGGGAUCAGGGGGGACGCGUGAAGCUGUCCUUCCUGGACUCGCUGUGGGUCGUGCUUCCCCCGAUCCAGCGGGUGUUCCUCUACGAGCUCGACCUUACCGAGGAUGCGUUCCCGGCGGCUGUGGAGCGGCUCAAGCGCGCGCUGGCGGACACGCUGACGCACUACCUCCCUCUGGCCGGGAAGCUCGAGUACGAGGCGGAGGCCGGCGACGUCGUGGUCGACUGCUCCUCCGCGGACGCCGGGGUGGCCUUCGUGGAGGCCGAGGCCGACGGCAUGGACGUGGGCCGGCUGGCAUGCGACGAGGCGCACGACAUCCCGGCGUUCCAGAGCCUGGUGCCGGCGCUGGACGCGCGCGUGCUCCCGGCGCCCGUGCUGUCCGUGCAGGCCACCCGCCUAGGCUCCGGCGCCGGCAUGGCCGUCGGCGUCUCCGUGCACCACGCCAUCGCCGACGGCAAGGCCGUCUGGCGCUUCAUGGAGGCCUGGGCCUCCGCCUCCCGCGACGGCGGCUCAACGCUCACGGGCCCGGCGCCGCACUACGGCCGCGAGGCCAUACGCCACCCCAGAGCCGACGAGCUCGCCCACGACAUGCUCAGAACCAUCAUGCCAGAUCUCCCCGUCGUCAGGACGGAGGUCAUGGAGGGCCACUUCAGCCAGCGGUUCCUGCGGGCGCGCAGGACGUUCUACCUCGGCAUGGCCGACAUCCGCUCCCUGAAGCGCCGCAUCAACGACCUCGCGAUGUCAGAAUCCAGUGAAGCCGGCUUGCUGCCCAAGGCGCCGAAGCCGGUGUCGACGUUCGUGGCGCUGGCGGCGCUGGGGUGGACGGCGUUCGUCCAUUCCAAGGGUCUCGGCGCCGGAGACGACACGUACCUGAUGUUCCUGGCCGACCUGCGGGCCCGGCUGGACCCGCCCGUCAGCGAGGCCUACCUGGGCAACUGCAUCCGGGCCUGCCUGGCCAGCUGCGCCGACGCCGCCGAGCUCCUCGGCGAGCGCGGCAUCCUCCGCGCGGCGCAAGCCGUGCAGGCCGCGGUGGAUGCCAUGGCGGCGGCGCCGCUGGACGGCACUGGCAAGGAAUGGAUGCAGACACUGAUGAAGGUGCCGUUCCAGCGGAUGGCGAACGUGGCGGCCAGCCCGCGGUUCAAGGCCUACGAGGUGUCGGACUUUGGGUUCGGGAAGCCGGCCCGCGUGGAGCUCGUGUCCAUGAACAACGAUGGCGAGAUGGUGCUCAUCGGCGGCCGGCGGGACGGCGAGGUCCAGGUGUCCGUGUCCAUCGACCCCAAGCACAUGGAUGACUUUAAGGCCUGCAUCCUCGAUCGGCUAGCUUAACUGGUGCCGCGAAUAUUCGUUACAGUAUCAUAUCACAAACCAAUUUCAUUGUCAUUUCGAUCCCAAUAAUCAUUUUUCAAUAUACUAUUAGUGUUCCCUUUGAAA